AUGUCAAAUAAUCAACAAUAUGAUACCAAAUGCUUAGAUCAUCCCCACCAAGAUAUUGUUUUAAUAUGCUCAACUUGUCCAAACAACAUUCCUGUAUGUAUUGGUUGUAUUUCUGGUAUUCAUAAUGGUCAUAAAUUUAAAGACAUUAAAGAUAAGAAUAUUAAAGAUCAAAUACAACAAGAAUUUACAAAUCAAACAAUACCAAAUCUAAACAACUUUUUAGAAUAUAAUAAAUUAAUAUUGGAUGAAUCAAACAAUCAUUUUAAACAAAUUCAACAUAACCAUACAAAGAAUUUUGAUAAAGUUUUUAAAAUAUUUAAGGAGUUAAAAGAUAUUAUCAAUACAAAAGAAAAUGAUAUCAAAAGAUUAUUAAUAACUAAAUUAGAUGAAAAUAAAGAUAUAAAUAAUAUAAUAACAACAACAAUAGAAGACAAUAUUAAUAAAAUUAAUAAAGUUAUUAAAUAUAAUAAUAAUCAUUUUAAUAAUAAUAAUGAUAAUAAAAAUGAUAAUAAUAUUAAUAAUAAUGAUUUUAUUGAACUUUUAAAAAACAAUUAUCAAUCUAACAAUAUUUUAUCAAAAAUCUAUAAUAAUAAUUUACCAGAAUAUAAAGAUACUCAAUUAAUAAUUAGAGAUAAUAACAUCGACUCAAUCAAAGAUCUAACAAACAGUUAUUUAGAAAUUCUUGAUGAUAUUCCUUUUUUUAGAAAAGAUUUAAAAAGAAUUAAAUCUGUUGAUUUUAAAUUUACAAUUUACAGUGACGGGUUUGAUAUUAGUCAUAUAAAAACUAGAAACCUUGCAAUUGGACCUAUCCAAUGCUUUCCCAAAACUAUUCCAACAACAGUUACACAUUUAUCUUUACUAGAUGGCUUUAAUCAACCACUUGAUUUUAUACCACACACCGUACAAGCAUUGUAUUUACAUAACAUCAAGUAUCAAUUAACACAUGGUUCAGUUCCAUCAACAGUUAGAAGUUUAUCUUUACAUGAUGGCUUUGAUCAACCACUUAAAUUUAUUCCUCCCAGCGUAUACGAAUUGUUUUUAGGUAACAUCAAAUAUCAACUAAAACCUGGUUCAAUUCCAGCAACAGUUGCCAAUUUAAUUUUAUUAGAUGGCUUUAAUCAAUCACUUAAUUUUAUACCAGACACAGUAAAAAGGUUGUCUUUACAUAACAUCAAGUAUCAAUUAAUACCUGGUUCAAUUCCAAACCAUUUAAUUGAUCUUAGAUUUGAAAAUGGUUUCUCUCAACGUUUUACUAAAGGAAUUAUCCCUGCCUUCACUACUUGGAUGAAGGAAACAUAUUUGGUACAAGUCACUAGAAUAAAAUUUGGUUUUGGUUAUCUUCAACCUGCUACCUUUACAAUUUGUCACUCUAUUACCUAA